GAAGAGGAAAUCCGGAGUAUGCUCAGUGAUCACUAAGAAUUAGUUAUAUCAGUUUGCUCUUGCAUCUAGUAUUGGAACUUAUUCAUUAUUUUUGUUAAAGUUCGCGUGCAUUUUCUUAUCUAAGUGAGGUUUCUAUGCAAAUUUGGAAUAUCAUUACUUAGUGAUUAUUGAAAAUGAUAUUUUUAAUGUUUGUGUAAGGGGCCACUACAGAUUUUAGUGUGUUUAAAAAUUUGCCCUGGCAUCCCUGGUACAAAUCUGUUGUUAUUUCCUUUAUAUGCCGAAAAAAAUUGUAUUGGGUGAAUUUUAUAUGAAAUAUUUAUAAAUAAAAUCAAGCAAUUUAAUCGAAAGAUGGCUCAAAACAAAACGGAUUUAAUGGCCGUUUUGGCCGUGCUCAAAAAGUACAAUUUAAAGGGCACAGAAGACAUACUUAAAAAAGAGGCCAGUCUGACGGAUGUUCCGGAAAAUGCAGCAGGGGAAGCGGAUGUUAAUAGUGUGCUGGCUGCUUAUAAGAGCGAAGGAGAUCCCGAUGUGUAUGAACAGUCCUACAUGGAGCUUCGGAGGUUUGUUGAGGAAUCACUGGAUAUCUACCGCCACGAGCUUGCGCUGAUACUGUACCCGGUGUUGGUUCAUAUGUAUAUUGAGUUGGUAUACAAUAGCCACGAAGAACAGGCGAAAAAAUUAAUUACGAAAUUCGGUCCGGAGCAAGAGUAUUAUUAUCAGGACGAGUUAGCUAAGCUGGCUAUGGUGUCCAAGAGAGAUCAAAUGAGUGGAAACGAUCUCACGGACACCUUCAAAUCGAAUGCUUUUACGAUUCGAAUCUCACGCGACACGUUAUCACUGCUGAAGCGACACCUCCAUGAAAAGAAAGCAUCAGUAAUUUUGAACAUUGUAAAUGAGCACUUGUUUUUUGAUCUGUAUGAGGGUGUGGCACGGAAUAAAAUUCAGUGUGAUGCUACAUCCGGUGCUAUGAUUGGUGAAGCGAAGCGGUUGGAUAACAAGGUCAAGGUAUACUAUGGACUGCUGAAAGAACCGGAUGUACAGACGUUGGUACAGGCUCCUCCCGAGGAAGAUGACGAUAUGGAUCCGGAUGCUCCGGAUAAGCCGAAGAAGAAAAAGCCUAAAAAAGAUCCGUUAUUUUCAAAGAAGUCCAAAUCGGAUCCGAAUGCACCUCCGAUUGAUAGAAUUCCGCUGCCAAAGUUGAAGGAUGUAGACAAGAUGGAAAAGAUUAAGGCACUGAGAGAGGCUUCUAAGCGGGUCAAUCUGGGCCCCGAUUGUUUGCCAUCCGUUUGCAUGUAUACUUUGUUGAAUGCAAACUAUACGGUGACGUGUGCUGAAAUAUGCGAGGAUUCCAGUUUAAUUGCAAUCGGAUUUUCCGAUUCGUCUAUCAAAGUAUGGUCCCUAUCGCCGGUUAAACUGCGAGAGAUGAAAUCUGCUGAUCAGUUAAAGGAAAUCGAUCGAGACGCCGAUGAUGUUCUCAUCCGUAUGUUGGACGAUCGCAAAGCGGAAACUAGCCGAGUUUUACAUGGCCAUAGCGGGCCCGUAUUCCGGUGCGCCUUUUCUCCGGACAGAACCAUGCUGCUGUCGUGUUCAGAAGAUUGCACCAUACGUUUGUGGUCUUUGCACACCUGGACAUGUGUGGUGGUUUACAAAGGUCACCAGUUUGCCGUUUGGGAUGUACGGUUUUCUCCUCAUGGGCAUUACUUUUUGAGUUGCUCACACGACAAAACCGCCCGACUUUGGGCAACCGACUCUCACCAGCCGUUGCGUAUAUUUGCUGGACAUUUGGCCGAUGUUGAUGUUUGUAUUUUCCAUCCGAACUCGAAUUACGUCGCCACUGGUUCAAGCGAUCGAACAGUUCGCCUGUGGGAUGUUUGCGUUGGCAAUCAUUUGCGGUUGAUGACUGGACAUAAGGCCCCUAUCUACUCACUGGCUUUUUCGAUCUGUGGUCGCUAUUUGGCUUCUGGUUCGGCAGAUUGUCGCAUUCUUAUUUGGGAUCUGGCUCAUGGUCACUUGAUUGCUGCUCUUUGCGGCCACUCCGCUUCCAUACAUUCACUAUGCUUCAGCCGGGAUGGUGUUGUACUGGCAACUGGUGGUUUGGAUUGUUGUCUCAAGCUCUGGGAUUUCAGUAAACUGUGCGAGGAUAUCAGUGGUGAAAAUGUUAAUGUUUCGCAUAAUCCGGACGUACGUGACGGAGAACCUUACUUGUUGCGCUCGUUCCCAACGAAGCAAACGCCUUUUCUUACGCUACAUUUUACAAGGCGAAAUUUACUACUCGGUGUGGGUAUGUUUGAAGGAUCGGUUUGAUUUGAACAAUUCUUUUUGUUUAGUUUUUGAAUAUGUAAGGUUUUAUGUAUGUGCUACGUAUUUUAGAAAUUUCCAACUUUAAUAAAUUUUUGCC